AUGACACCUUGGCGUGCCACACCCUAUCAUCACGUCCCGACCGUUGACGGUCUCAAUGCCAUGGAGCGUAUUUUCCGCCCGCCUGACGGCUUGGCAGACAUUGACGACAUCGGUAAACGUUGGGAGGCCCUUCUUCUCACUAUGUCAUGCUUUGAUCUACACCGCGACGGAGACCACCUCACAGGCAUUCCCGCCUUCCACCCUGUCACUCUCUUGCAUUACCGUCUCGGAGCAUCCCGACCCAUCAGAGCUACGGAGGAGGUUAGGAGGGCCAAUUUUGAAGCAAGGUCGACACAUGUUGAGAGUAUACGACACCUUAUUCACGAUCUCAUCACUGCACUAGACCGCCUCACUGGUGGGGUCUCUCUCUUCUUGCAUCAUCCCGGGGCUGUCAAGCAGAACAAGAAUGUCGAGCCCGAGAAUCUGCGAGUGUCCUCAUACCUCAAUCCUCGGUUCCUCGCGUUACAUCCUGAAGCUCACAUCACCAUCGCCGAACUAGCGCAAACUUUCAUCGAGAACGUUGCCUGCGCCAACGCCAAGGACUUCCGCGACCUGCGUUCCCAACACUGCUGGCCAGACAAGGGCUUUAGCGAUGAACCGAGUGUCGUCAACUUUACAUCCCUCCCAAUCAUUCCCAAACCUUCUGCUAGCUCCAACAACCGGUUUGUAUUCCAAGGUCGUCCACGCGGUCAGCUCUCCGACUCUCUCCUCUAUUCGACUACCAAACCCCCUCUGUUUACCUUCCUUCCUGAGCUCAACAACCAGCACGACAUCUGCUGGAACUCUCUCGACUUCAGUGGGCCUUCAUCAACUUCUCAAUUCUAUUUACCACCUUGCUCGCCUUCCUCUCCCGCGCAUUCACUUUCACCUAUCCCUGUCGUCACUCCUAUCCACCCCUCAGUACCGGUGCAUUUGUCAUCUCCUCCCAACGUCGAGACUAGGUGGCAGGCCCCUGUUCAACUAGAUGACAAGGCAAGCAAGCGUAUCGGCAAGAUGAAGUCCGGGCCGGGUUUCGGUGACAGCGACCGCGUCGCUCUUCAGGGUAGCGUAUGCGUACACUUUGCAUUACCUCCGUCUUCUCCGGUGCCCCCGAUUUCGUUGUCAUGUCCAGGCUCUGGCGAGCCCAGUUCAUCCGCGUCCAGCGCUCCGAAUCCUCGGUUUGGAGCCGAUCAGUAUUCCGUCAUAUUACCAUUCGGCCUGUGCACGGCAGCGGUUUUGGACGACCUGUCUCUCCCCGACUAUAUGCACAAUGUGUGCGUUGAGCUGUUGAGGGAUUACCUCCCAUCCAAGUGGCAGGCUGCUCUUGAAGUAGCAUUUCCCAACCUAUUGCCUGAUUAUGCAGGCAGAAUAACCCAGGCUAUGUUUUAUGACACACAGCUCAUUGUUGACCUUGAUACAGCCGAUGAAGAAGCUUUAGCCGCUGACCCUUGA